AUGCCCGUGGGAAUCUUCCGGGUGUGCCUAUUGGUGAUUACAGCUAUUGUCAACCACCCGCUCUUCUUCCCCAAAGAGAAUGGCACUGUCCCUGAGAACACGGAAGAAAUCAUCCAGAAGAUGAAGGAACGGGAGGAAAGCCUUCGGCUGGAACAGUUGCGCUUGGAGCAGGAAAUCGCAGACCAGGAAGCCACACAGAAGGCUCUAGAAAAGGCUGCACUGAUAGUGGAGGAAAGCAAAGAGGAAAAGGUCCGAUGGGAUAUGUGGACUGGACUUUCCAUGGUCUUUUUUUUAGAGCUUUGGAGGCAGGAUUUCCAGGAAGGGAAUUGGCAGGACAUAGGAGGAGAGGAGGAUGACAUGGCAGUCCUGGGGAAAGCAUUUAAAGGAGUUGUCUUCCCUGACAAGGCUGUCUUGGCCAGCUUCUAUGAGAAACGCAUCCUGGGUACCACCGGAGACAUGGCCAGGAUGCGGGAGAUGGUGGAAGGCUUUGCAGAUGACCUGCUGGAGGCCUUGAGGAGUGUUUGUAACAGGGAUGCUGACAUGGAAGUGGAGGAUUGCAUGGGUGUGGGGAGCAUGUAUGAGAAUUGGAGAGUGCGUAAACCUUUCGUCUGUGAUCUGAUAGUGCCUUUUGCCCCCCCAGAGCCAUACUGUUUUCGCUGCCAGACCUGGUGCUCUGGUGACUCCUUUCCCCCAGAUGAACAAGGUUAUGGCACUAUCAAGGUAUGCAGGGCAGAUGAGGAUGUGACAGGUUGCAUCUGUGACAAGACUAAACUAGGGGAAGAUAUGCUGUGCCUCCUUCAUAGCCAAGUCAAUACUGCCAAGCCUAGCAGUGAGAUGGAAGACCUCCUGUGCUUCAAAAAUACUCAGUAUCUGGAUGCUGACCAAGUCAUGAAGUGGUUCCAGAUCGCAGUCACCAAGGCCUGGAACAGAAUCUCCCACAAGUAUGAAUUUGACCUUUCCUUCAGCCUCUUGGACUCACCAGGAGCCCUGAAGAUAAAAUUUAAAUCAGGGAAAUCGAUUGCCUUCAACCUCACCCCAGUGGUGCAGUAUGAGAACUCUGAUGUUUACUUCAUCUCUCAUUUCCCUCGGAGCAGCCUGGCAGCAGACCUCCCCUCCAGCACUCACUGGUUUCUCACCUUCGCAGUGUAUGAGAGGAGGUUCAUCCAGCUGGUCUCCAAAACACUGCCUGCCAAUGCCUGCCAUGUCAGCUGCCUUCAGAUCCUCUCCUUCCUCCAUGGGAAGCAGUGCAGUCUCACAGGUCCAAGUGGGCUCACCAACUACCACCUGAAGACAGUGAUGCUGCAUCUCCUGCAGGCAUGUCCCAGUCAGGACUGGGCACCAGAGAAGUUGGAGGCCCGUCUACAGGACAUGCUGAAAUUCCUGGAGAAAUGUUUGCAUGAAAAGAAGCUCUACCACUUCUUCAUUGGCAAUGAGAAGGUACCAGCAGAGCUGGGUUUCCCCAUCAUAUUUCAGAGGGCUGAGCCUCUCAACCUUUUCCGUCCCUUUGUGCUACGCAGGGACAUUUACAGGAAGAUGGUGGACACAUUCCACGAGAUGCUCAGGAACAUGUCUGCACUGAUAAAUGAGUACACAGUGCACAUUCCCCUUGCACACACCAAUGGGAUCCAUAAGGAAUCCCUUUAA